GGCUCCAAUCCGGUUCCAUCCGGUUCUCCCACCGCCCCUGCCGCGGGUCCUAGCAGCUCGGGCGGCGGGAGAAGCAGCGGCGGCCGGGCAGCGUAGCUCCGGGAAGGCUCUCGCGCUCCACAGACCUCCCCCCGCAACCGUCGCACGCUCCCCGCUGUGCCGCCAUCAUGCCCAAGAGGAAGGUCAGCUCGGCCGAAGGCGCGGCGAAGGAAGAGCCCAAGAGGAGGUCGGCGAGGUUGUCAGCUAAGCCUGCGCCUGCCAAGGUGGAGUCGAAGCCCAAAAAGGCAGCGGGGAAGGAGAAGUCUUCAGACAAGAAAGUGCAAGCAAAAGGAAAAAGGGGAGCAAAGGGAAAACAAGCUGAAGUGGCUAACCAAGAAACUAAAGAAGAUUUACCUGCAGAAAACGGAGAAACUAAAAACGAGGAGAGUGCAGCUUUUGACGACGCAGAAGAGAAAGAAGCCACGGCUGACUAAUCACACACCACGUCUCACCAGUGCUCCCCGUCUCCCUUCUUGUACAAUCCAGAGGAAUAUUUUUAUCAACUAUUUUGUAAAUGCAAGUUUUUUAGUAGCUCUAGAAACAUUUUUAAAAAGGAGGGAAUCCCACCUCAUCCCAUUUUUUAAGUGUAAAUGAUUUUUUUAAGAAGUGAAAUCACUUGCUGGUUGUUUAUUUUUUGGUACAACCAGAAAACAGUGGGGUAUUGAAUUGCGGAGGCUUUGGCUGUCUGCCUGUCAGCAUAACAUUCCAUAGGUGGGGGUUAGUUUUAUAUCCUGCAAUACAAAGUGUACUAAAUUAU